AUGGCAUACAAUAUGUACGACUUGGAGCAAAAGAAGAUGGUUACCAGCGUGAAAGUCCAGUUCCGCGAGAACGAGUUCCUUGGCGAACGCACACUAAUCGACGAGUACCUAGUCACAGUGGAUAUCGACGACGAUGACGAUAAAGAGAGACUCACUCAAGGGGAGACAUCCGCUCGCCCAGCCACUCUAUCCGUGUCGACUCCAUACACACGAACACCUUCAACAAGCGCGGCUACAGCACCGCCAGCCAAGCGAAGUCACUUCAAGGUGCCACUACCGCUACUUUCUCGGCGGAUCUCGGACGACCUCUAUCGAACGAGCCCCAACAAGCGGCCGCAUAUCCAUGACUUCAACCCACCUGCGAGCACCGACAGGAUAACCCUACGUGACAGAAACACGAUCAGAACGCCAUCGAGAUUCGUCGACAAACCUCGGCAAUCCAACAACUCAGUCGACCGCGUCCUCGACGACUUGAACCGCGCUACUCGGGACAAAGCCACGCCGCCAUGGAGCAAGACAACGAAUCCACUACGAUGA